AUGACUAAAAAACCAAACUUUGUUGUAAUUGUUGCCGAUGAUCUUGGGUUUUCCGACUUGGGCACUUUUGGCGGGGAAAUCCACACUCCUAACCUUGACAAACUUGCAGGGACUGGUUUAAGACUUAAUCAGUUUUAUGCGGCUGCCGCGUGUUCCCCUACUCGCUCAAUGCUUCUUUCAGGAACCGACAACCAUAUUGCUGGUGUUGGAGCUAUGUUUGAGUUUGUCCGAAGUAUUCCAGGAUUCAGAGAAAAACCUGGAUAUGAAGGAUACCUUAAUGAUAAAGUGGCUCCACUCCCUGAAAUUUUAGCUGAACGCGGAGGCUACCAUACUUUCCUCGCGGGUAAGUGGCAUUUGGGUCUUAUCCCAGAAGCUUUCCCUGCUAAAAGAGGGUUCCAAAAGAGUUUUGCUCUGCUUCCUGGUGCUGCUAAUCAUUAUGGUUGGGAGCCACAACUGGCUCCAGAAAACCUGGACCCCGAUGAGAUUGUUCCUGAAUUGUUUCAAUCAGCUGCACCAGUGCUACAUGCCGAAGAUGAAAAAUACUCCACUGAUCCAUUGCCUAAAGACUUUUAUUCUUCCGACUUUUAUGCAGACAAGUUUGUGGAGUUUUUGGGAAACCAUCUUGACAAAAAUGAGGAGCAACCAUUUUUUGGAUUGCUGACAUUUACUGCUCCUCAUUGGCCAUUGCAGGCACCUCAAGAAAUUAUUGCAAAGUACAAGGGUGUUUAUGAUGAUGGUCCAGCAGCUUUACGCCAGAAGCGUCUUGCUCGACAAAAGGAGCUUGGUUUGAUUCCCAAUGAUGUUGAGCCGCACCCCGUGGUUCCCCUCGGUUCACCUGAAUGGGAAACUUUAAAUGAUGAUCAGAAGGCCAAGUCAGUCCGUGCUAUGGAAACAUUUGCAGCUAUGGUUGAACGUCUUGACUGGAAUGUUGGUAAAGUUGUUUCUUCAUUGGAGGCUCGUGGAGAACUUGAGAAUACUUAUAUUUUGUUCUUGUCAGACAAUGGUGCUGAGGGUGCUUCGUUGGAGGCCAAGCCUAUUUUAGGAAGUAAUAUCGAACAACACCUCAAGAAGUACUACAACAACUCUUUGGACAAUAUUGGCAAUUAUGAUUCUUAUGUAUGGUACGGACCACGAUGGGCACAGGCUGCUACUGCACCUUCUAAACUGUUUAAGACAUUUUCUUCUGAGGGUGGUAUUCACGUACCUAUCAUUGUCAAUGGUCCUGGUAUUGACGAAAAACAUAAGGGAACUAUCAACAGUAUUUUUUCCACAGUCAUGGACAUUACUCCGACAUUAUUGGAGCUUGCUGGUGUUGAACAGCCUGAAACCUCGAACUAUAAGGGCCGCGAAAUCGCCCCAAUUCGAGGUAAAUCCUGGGUCAAGUUUUUAAAAUCAGCGGGGGAGACAGUUCCUAUUUACGACAAAGACGAGACUGUGGGAUGGGAGUUGUUUGGACAAGCUGCUGUACGAAAGGGUGACUGGAAAAUUACCUUUAUUGGAAACCCGGUUGAAGAAAAUAUUUGGCAACUUUACAACGUCCGAGAAGAUCCAGGUGAGGUCCAUGAUUUGUCCAAAAAGCAUCCUGAAAAGUUUGAUGAACUUUUGGCUGGAUGGGAAGACUACAAAAAGAAUUACAAUGUUCUUGGUAUUAAAACUGAUUGGCUAAACAUCCCUGUUAAUGAAAUUGAUGAUGAGACGUUGUGGAUGAAGUACGAACGACUGUCUGCCUACCAGGUCAAGCUAGAGGUUGAAAAGGCCCAUUAA